AUGCUGCGACCAGCUCUCCGACCGCGCUACGCGCACAAGAUCCUAGCGCGCGGCCUUGCGACGGUCCGCGAUGGUCAGCCGACUGAGAAGAAGCCGCCGACUGCCGUCGUCAUGCUCAACAUGGGCGGCCCCUCAACCCUCGACCAAGUCCACUCUUUCCUCUCAAACCUCUUCCACGACAGCGACCUAAUCCCGCUCCCCAUGCAAAAAGUCCUAGCCCCCCUCAUCGCAAAGCGCCGCACCCCCAAAAUCGAGGAACAGUACAAGGAAAUCGGGGGCGGCUCCCCAAUCCUCCGCUGGACCCGCACCCAAGGCGAGGGCAUGGCAGCCCUCCUAGACGAGCUGAACCCCGAAAGCGCACCGCACAAAGCCUACGUGGCCUUCCGCUACGCCGAACCACUCACCGAGACCUGUCUUGAAGAGAUGCGUGCCGACGGUGUCCAGCGCGCUGUCGCCUUCACCCAGUACCCGCAGUACUCGUGCUCGACUACCGGUUCGAGUUUGAACGAGCUGUACCGCGUCGCUAAGAAGGAGGGGUGGGGGGCGAAUGGCGAGGUCAAGUGGAGUGCUAUUGAUCGCUGGCCCGCGCAUCCCGGCCUCGUCAAGGCUUUUGCAGCUAAUAUCCGCAAGACCCUCGAGAGUUUUGCCCCAGAGACCAGGGACGAGGUCGUCAUUCUCUUCUCGGCACACUCGCUGCCCAUCGAGAUCGUCAACCGCGGAGACACCUACACUCCAGAGGUAGCAGCGACAGUGUACGCGGUAAUGCAAGAACUCAACUUCUCCAAUCCUUACCGUCUGACGUGGCAAUCCAAAGUCGGGCCGAAAGCAUGGCAAGGUCCGCAAACCGCAGCCAUGGUGGAAGGUCUAGCCAAGCGUGGCCACAAGGACAUUUGUCUCGUUCCCGUCGCAUUUACCUCGGACCACAUUGAGACGUUGUUUGAGCUCGACAUUGAAUUGAAGGAGGACGCAGACAAGCUCGGCGUUAAUCUGACUAGGGCGGGGAGUUUGAACGACUCUCCUAUUUUUGUUCGCGCGCUGGCCGAUAUUGUCAGCACUCAUCUGCGCGAUUUCGACGCGGGGAAUGUGGGCAGCGCGAGCAAACAGCUUAUGCUGCGUUGUCCCGAGUGUACGUCGCCGAGAUGUGCGCGGACAAAGAGCUGGAUCCAGAAGGGCGGACGCGAGGCCGAGGCUUAG